AUGUCCGUCUUUAUCUCUGGCUUGGCCUUGAUCUUUGCCUUUGCCUUGGCCUUGGCCUUCGUCCUUAGCUUUCGCUUUGGCUUGAUCUUUGGUGUUGGCCUUACCCUCUGCUUCAUCUUUCACUUUGGCCUCAUCUUUGACUUCAAUUUCAAUUCUAACCCUGGCUUUACCUUCAUCAUUGUAUUUGACUCUGAUUAA